GAUCAUUUCAAUGUGCACUGGACACAGAGGUACAGGUUUGUCUGGAGUAGCACUGAUGCAGGAACAGCGUUGUCAGAACUUGUCAAUAUUCAAAGCAGAGGGUUCUUGAGCGGACUGACAACAUCUUGUCUGGUAUGGUACUGAGAAGAACCUGCUGUCCAGCUGGAGAUUUCAAUGGCACAAUCGUACAGAUACCGGCGUCUUGUUUUUUCUUUUUGUUUAUUUCACUUGGUUUGUCAGACUUUUGGCUGCUCCAGGAACCGCCUGCAACACAUAGCUCCUCUUGUGAUGCUGCCACUCAUUUCUCUCCAGAUGCGCCCAUUGCUUGUGAACUGAAUCACAUCUAAAUCUGACCAUUCCUCUUGGAUGUUGAACUUGGAGCUUGCAUUUUGUUGCCAUGAAAUGUCGUCGCUCGAACCGAACGGAACCUCCAGUCACCUCAAUGAGUUUCAAAAACUGUCGUGGCGGCCCUCUGCCCGCGAUUCAGGCUCCAAGAAGCGAGCACGAUGGCUUCAGGCUCGGCGCAUCUUCUCCCCAAACGGCCUCAACCUCCGGAUCCCCUUCAGGUUCCUGAAAGAAGGACACUGCAUACCCUCUGCCCGCAGUGGACACCGCUGCGUUGCAGACAGCUCUAACCUGUAUGUGUUCGGAGGCUACAACCCCGACUUCGAGGAGGCGGGCGGGUCGGAUAAUGAGGACUACCCUCUCUUCAGGGAACUCUGGCGGUUUCAUUUCGCCACAGCCACCUGGCAGCAGAUCCGCACAGAGGGCUACAUGCCCACAGAGCUGGCGUCCAUGUCAGCUGUCUUGGAUGGCAACAACUUGCUUGUGUUUGGUGGCACCGGGAUUCCCUUUGGUGAAAACAACAGCAACGACAUCCACAUCUGCAACGUCCAGUACAGACGAUGGAACCUGCUGAACUGCAAGGGGAAGAAACCAAACAAGAUCUAUGGACAGGCGAUGGUCAUUAUAAAUGGCUACCUAUACGUGUUUGGAGGCACGACGGGCUACCUUUACAGCAUCGACCUGCACCGGUUGGAUCUGAGCACCAGGGAGUGGACCCACCUCAAGCCCAAAAACGCAAAGCGAGAUCUACCUGAUGAGAGGUACAGACAUGAGCUGGCUCAAGAUGGACAGAGGAUAUACAUUUUAGGAGGUGGAACCUCAUGGAUGUCAUAUCCAUUAGAUAAAAUUCAUGCAUAUAACUUGGAAACUAAUUACUGGGAAGAAAUUUUAACCAAACCCAAUGAAGAUACAGGUUAUCCUGCUCCUCGCAGGUGUCACAGUUGUGUUCAGGUCAAAGACGACGUGUUUAUAUGUGGAGGUUAUAACGGCGAGCUCAUCCUGUCGGACUUGUGGAAGAUAAACCUUCAGACUUUUCAGUGGACGAAGCUGCCCGCCGUGAUGCCGGAACCGGCCUACUUUCACUCCGCAGCUGUCACUCCGGCUGGCUGCAUGUACAUCCACGGCGGUGUUGUCAACAUCUCUGGGAACCAAAGGACUGCCUCUCUAUAUAAAGUGUGGCUGGUGGUGCCCAGUCUGCUGGAAAUGACCUGGGAGAAGCUGUUGAAAUCGUUCCCUCACCUGAUGCAGCUGUCCACCCUUCAGCUGCUGAGCCUGGGACUAACGCAUUCACUAAUUCAGAGGCUCAGAUAGGCUGAACACACAGACCAACCACCGGGGACGGAUGGAGACUGACACUAACGUUGGUUGUAAGUAGGUCAAAGACAGCUUGGUGCCGUUUGGCUGGGAAAAUACUUUGUUCUUUUCUGUCCGAAAUUCAAAUGUCCAUCCCAGGCAGUGAAGGAGGUGCACAUAUAAAACUUGACUUGUAAUUUAAAACCUGUGCACAUUCCUUUCUGUGUCCCAGAAAUGUGUGAAAUAUUAAGGUAAAUACAAAAAAAAAGUUCAAACAAACUAAAUAUGGCUGCAGGCAGUGUGAUUUAACAUUUUGCUGUCUUUUGGGCCCAGUGCUGAGUCUGAUGAGAUUCCUCACUUUGACCACAUUUCGCUGCAGAUGAAAUCUGCAUCUGGUUUCUACGUGUUCCCACUGAACACAAAUCUGAGAUGACAUCUAACUGGGGAAGUUAUUUAAGAUGCUAUGAUGUGUUUUGCUAUUGAGCACUUCAAACUGACAAAUAAUCCAUUGAUAAUGUUUUGCUUCUGGGAUCAGAGGAAAACCCAGCAGCCUCUUUUUAAAGGCUCACUGUGAAACUUGUGGUGCCUCUACAACCAUUUCAUUUCCUCUGGGUUCCUACGCUGCUUCCAGUACAAAAAUCCACACAUUUCCAGAUUUUUCUGCUCCAUGUUUUUAGAAUGGCAAAGCUAAGAGUGCAGUAAAGGGCUAUUCCACUACUAUUUGAGCAUCUAAUCUAAUUUGGAUCUUUUGGGACUAAAUUUAGUUCUUUAUAACACAAAGUGUGAAUUUUUAUACUUCAUUCUGUUAUGACUAAGCCAGGAGUACUUCAAAAACUUAGACUUUGUUUACUAAAACAUACAAAAGAACCAAAAUGGAUCCUUUUUGGUUCUGUUUAUUCGUUGGCAACUCAAAAAUCGAAAGUUGCCAACAAAUGUCACUCAAUUAGUGAUGGGAAACAUCUAAGACAAAAAAUAAAGGUUUCAAGAAAUAUCUUUUAAAAAAUUGUAUUUUCUGACAUUUUAAAAACUAGUAAAAAAGUCUGGAAACUGUUUGUUUUCCCUGUACUUGGUUUUCUGUUACAUUUUCAGAGGUGGAAAUAGGAACCCACUAUCUAGGUCAUGAAUUUGCACGAUAUCUACCACAGUUCUGUUAUUUUCCUUUAUGCAUUCUGUGCCUUUUUAUUCCUCAAACUUCAGAUUAUUCAAACUUUAUUUGUAUGUUUUAGAUUUUUUUUUUUAACCACGGCGACGGUGCUUCACACUUGAGCCUUCAGACACUGUUCCUGGUUCCUCAGGAGGAACUCCAGCAGACUUUACAUAAACUUUUUAAUUAUUUAUUUGAAACACUGUGCUGCUCAUUUCAUCAACUGGUGACAAGUGCUGUAUCAAUUGCCUCUUUUUUUUAUUCCUGAUCCCAUUUCCAGUUUUUGCAUUGUAACAAGCUGUAAUGUUUAUGUUCGGUCUCUCUGUAGGGGGUGUUGUGAACAGAUUUAAGCUGCUGUGUAAUUCUGCAGUCCUCGUCAGUGCGUGUGACGUACUCAGGAUAUUAAAAACUGUGAUGGGUGUGAAAUUCUCUGCAGACGAACCAAACGUAGGAAAACUUGGGAGUUAGUUGGGCGAUACUGUGUUGUUUCCAGACAGGCCUUUUAUUUGUCACCAAAUCUGUUACUGUUGAUGCUUUUGAAUUGUUUUAACCCCAUCCUCUUCUUUUUUUUGUUUUUAAUUUUGUGGCCUUAUUUAAGCUUGAAGCUCAAAAGUAUCGGCCUGAUUAAGUUUUAAUUCCGUCUGUGAAAGUGAAAUCUUGCUUGCAUAUGGUCUGCAUGUCGCUUUGUACAGAAUCCUCUGGGGAACAAAUGAAUGUCUCAUCAGAGAAAAAUAUGGCUGCGUUGUUUUGUAAAUCUUGUUCUCUGGUCUGUGCACACAAUAAAAACAGGCAGCUGUUUUUGUUUUUUUUAAGAGA